AUGUCGCCCAGGAACCUAUUCACAGCUUUAGUUGCCACAGCAACCCUCGUGUCUGCCGAUAGCAUCACUGCCAGCGUGAAUCUGGGAGUUUCUAAAGGACAACCCCGCCAUGUGGCAUCAGGGUUCAUCUAUGGCAUACCUGAUACCGCUAACCAGAUCCCGGCAAACUUUUAUCGCGACAUCGGAUUCAACUACGCACGCGCGGGAGGCGCACAGCUUGAAGCUCCAUCAAGAGGCUGGAUCUGGGGCCUUCAUGAAUACCACGGGCGUCUUGAGUCUACCUUAUCAAAUUACCGUACGGCCCAGGAAUAUGGUGCCAAAUUCAUCAUCCUCCCGCAUGACAUCUGGGGAACGGAUCACGUAAAUUCCAGCACGAUCUGGCCCGGAGACAACGGAAAUUGGGAAGACUACGACAAGUUUUUACAAACCCUGUUGAAGGACUUGGAGACAAAUGAUGCGCUGGAAAAUAUGGUCUUCGAUAUAUGGAACGAACCUGAUUUGGAUAUCUUCUGGGCGCGCAGCCAGCAACAAUGGAUCGACCUGUAUAUCCGCACGCACAAAUUCCUCCGUGCGAAUGCGAAGUAUAACAAGGUCGAAAUUUCGGGUCCUUCAUUGGCUAACCGUCCGGUGCCUGACAAUACUUGGUGGACUAAUUGGUUGAAUGCGAUCUCAGGAAACAAUACUGUCCCGGAGCAGUAUUCUUAUCACCUAGAAGGAGAGACAUCUGAUUGGAAUAAUGACAUUCAAAACACCAAUGACACACUGGCGGCACUACUAAGAACCUACAAUCUACCGGACCGACAAAUCAACAUCAACGAAUACGCGAAUUAUGGUGAGCAGGUCCCUGCCGGUGCAGCUUGGUGGAUCUCGCGACUUGAGCGAUACAACGCGUUUGGGCUGCGCGGUAACUGGCUCAGUGGCUGGACCUUGCACGAUCUUAUGGCCAAUCUUCUGACUAAGAAGACUGAUCCUUCCAACUAUAAUGCUACGGACUAUGCUCCUGCACCAGAAUACCAGGUGUACAAAUACUACAACCUGAACAUGACCGGUCAUCGCGUUGAGACCACUGGUACCGGCGAUCGGAUCUACGAUGUGUAUGCGACCGUCGACUUUGACAAGGUCAGAAUCCUCUCGGGCACUCGCAUUACAUCGGGAAAUUGGCAGAUAACUGUCAAUCAACUGAGCGCUGUGGGAUUACCAUCCGAAGGCUCAGUAGACAUUCAGACUUGGGGAUUUGCAGGAACAUCGAUCUAUGAGGCAGUAUAUGCUCCAAGUGACCGCGGUGUGGUUUCCCACAAGUAUUCAAACAACACCUUGACAUUUCCCAUAUAUCAGACGGAUAGCAGCACUGCCUGGGCCUUCGAGUUUAGUCGUUAA